AUGAGUGAUGAUAAUGAUGAAGAUGAUGAUGGUGAAGAUGAUGAGGAUGACGACGAUGAUGAUGGAGAUGGCGGGGAGGAUGGUGAAGAUGAUGGGGAUGAUGAAGAUGAUGACAAUGCUGAUGACGAUGAAGACGAUGAAGAUGAUGGUGGUGAUGAUAACGCUGAUGAUGACGAUGAUGAGGAUGAUGAAGAUGCUGAUAAUGAUGGAGAUGACGAGGAUGAUGAAGAUGGCGAUGAUGAUGAGGAUAAUACUGACGAUGAAGAUGACGAGGAUGCUCAGCCUUUCCACCUGCAGCAGUACCUGGCCACAGCCUCGGCGGCAGUAGGCAGCUUGGCCCUGGGCGCUACCCUCAGUUUCUCCUCCCCUGCCCUCGCUACUCUCCGAGGGCAGAGGGCUCACGACUGGCACUGCGUUGUACCAGGCCAUCCUGAGCUCAGUGACAUGCAGCUGGCGACGUUCAGUUCGUCCGUGAACAUCGGAGCUCUAAUAGGGUCUUUAAGUGGAGGAUAUCUCAUGAACAAAUGGGGGCGACGAGGCACCAUGUUGUUCUCAGCGGUGCCUUUCGUUCUGGGUUGGGGACUCAUAGGUUUCGGGCCGGUGUUUCUUCUGCUAUUAUGCGGACGAAUAUUGACUGGCGUUGGCUGCGGACUGGUGUCGAUCGCCGUGCCGACUUACGUGGGGGAAAUUGCUUCACCUGAGAUCAAGGGAUUUCUGGGCUCCUGGUUUGAAGUAACGUUGGUGGCUGGAGGUCUGUACGUACUUUCCUUGGGGUCGGUGAUGUGCUGGAACUCGCUAGCAUUUGUUUCACUCGUCCCAGCACUUGUCUUCGUCGCCCUCAUGCUGCUGCAGAAGGAGUCACCCACAUUCCUCUUACUUAAAGGACGCCGGCAGGAUGCCAAGAAGUCCCUUCAGCAUUUUAGAGGUGAUAAGUACGAUAUCACGGAUGAGUUGGUAGCCCUGCGUCGAUCAGCGGAGGAGGCCAAAGUAAGUCACGUGACGUGGACAGACAUGACUGCUCGGCCUGUCCUCACACCCCUCAUCAUAACCCUUGGACUCAUGUUUUUCCAGCAGUACUCAGGCAUCAGUGCAGUUUUCUUCAACCUCUUUACGAUAUUGGAGAGCGCUCAAGUGGAAAUGUCGGAAGAUGCGUCGAUCAUGUUUAUCUCCGGCAUGCAGGUGUUGGCCACUGCAGCAGGAGGGCUACUCAUGGACAGGCUGGGGCGCAAGACCUUAUUGCUGGCAUCAUCUGUUGUCAUGGCAACCGCCCUCUUCGGCAUUGGCACAUACUUCCAGCGAUUGGAACAGGCUCGGGAUGUGACUUUCCUGUGGUGGCUGCCGCUAGCGUCCCUUGUCGUCUAUGUCAUCUUCUUCAGUAUCGGCUUUGGUCCAGUCCCUUGUGUGAUGCUCGGCGAGGUUUUCCCGUUGGAGGUUCGGGAAGCAGCAGCCAGUGUAGCCACGGUGUCGCUGUGGCUGCAUAGCUUCACAACCACUCUCAUCUUCAGGCCACUCAGGAACAGCAUCGGUGACAGCGGCGUGUACUUCGGUUGUGGAGGAGUCUGCUUAGUGGGAUUUCUCUUUUCGCUCUUCGUCGUCAGAGAAACCAAGGGCAAACCGAUGCAAGAAAUAACCGACAUGUUCAGCGAAAAAAAGCCACCGAUGCUCAAGAUGAGGAAACCGCAAAUAAAACGGCAGGUUAUUUGAAAAGAUAGACAAAAGAACAAUUUUACUCUGAAAUGCCCUCAUAAUAUCGAGUGUAUGGUACGAGCAUAAUUAGCAAGAGAAUAAAAUGAAUUUUUCGAUGUUAAUGGAGAAUAAAAACACAGUUGACCUACAUUUCACAUUCCUUUACAUAGAUAAAC